AUGACAGCAGAGUAUUCCGUUCCAGAGGAAGCCCGGAAGUGCCUUUUGGAGGGGAUCUUGAACCACAGAGGGCACAAAGGUCUCCCAGAGGAGUGUCAUGAGUACAUCAAACUGAUCAAGUAUAUUGGUGACGACCAGCCAAAGAUGGCUAUCAACUGGCGUUUGGCCGAAAGUGUGGCGGCCUUGAAAGGGUUCGAGGCCAUUAUGACGAAUUUACUAUUGAGUCGCAAGUACGACCUUACUCCACAAGAAGUGACCAUCAACACUGAUCAUGCCCAACUUUUCCUGAUGUCAUUCUUCUUACUCGAGAUUGAGCCAAAGUCUCUAAGCAACCCUGUUCAACCCACCGAGCUUCGAGAGCUGAACACCGCGCAUGCAAAAUAUUUCCCGAGCUGGGACCUUCACCAUCAGACUUCUUCGCAAUAUCGGAAGGCAGUGACGAACAUCUACCAAACAGGCGAUAAACGUUAUUAUCAUCUACACGCCAGCUUGAACCCUGACCCGUCACUAAAAGCACUUGACCUGCCGUGGGACAUGCCAGAACUGGCCACCAUAGAGUCCUCGUGGUCUCCGUUCGAAACGAAGAUGGCUGAGAAGAGAGCCGAGCAAUGGGACGAAAUACUUGCUGGCGAGUACAAGCAAGCCGGUACAAUCUGCUUCACACCAGAAGAAUAUGGCGAGACUCCUCAAGGAAGAUCACAUGCAGACAUCGGUCUAUAUACUCUUGACCACUAUCCGGAGGGUGGAUCGCCUGCUUGGUGGCCAAGUGUACCCAGAACAUCUGUUCAACGUCCGUUGGCAGGUUUGAAAAUAGUCGAUCUGACUCGCAUCGUUGCCGGGCCUUCAAUUGGUCGCACACUCGCCGAGCUCGGCGCGAGCGUAAUGAGAGUGACAGGCCCACAUGUUGCCGACUUCUCUGGACUUCAUCCUGACCUGAACUGGGGGAAAUGGAACUGUCAUCUUGAUCUCAGACAAGAAGAAGACAGACUUAAACUUCAUGAAUUAGUAUGGGACGCCGAUGUCGUUAUCAAUGGCUAUCGACCUUAUGUUCUUGAUAAGUUCGGGAUAGGCUAUAAGGAUAUAUUCGAGUUAGGAAAAAAGCGUGGUCGAGGUUAUAUUUAUGCUCGAGAGAACUGCUUUGGGUGGACUGGUCCGUGGUCCCAUCGUCCUGGCUGGCAACCUAUCAGUGAUGCAUGUACCGGUGUUUCGAUGGGAUUUGGUCGGGCAAUGGGAGUAGAGGAAGCUGUCACUCCUGUUCUACCUAAUUCAGACUACUGUACUGGAAUCGCCGGUGCUUGUGGUGUGCUUGAAGCCCUGAUACUUCGUGCAGAGAAGGGGGGUUCGGUCCUGGUCAGCCUCGCCAUCAACUACUACAAUAAGUGGCUCGUGGACCAGGUAGGGGAAUAUGAACAAGGGGUUUGGGAGGACGUUUGGUCUCGCAAUGGCCGUCAAGUUUUUCGGCACUUUCACAGCAUGAACUAUACCGCGCCUCGAUAUUUGAAGAUGUUCCAAGAGCAAGGUCUCCUGAAUCUUGACUUUUUCGAGGUUCGUGAAUCGAAAGCUUUGGGAGGUGUCAGAUUCAGAGUGCCACGACCAAUACUACAGUUUCCACCAGGAACUGUUGAACCUGGCUAUAACGUUGGCACAAGGGGCAAUGGAGUUGAUCAACCAAGGUGGCCAGAAGAUUUGAUGACAGAGGUCGUGAAAUGA